AUGACAGAAAUAGCAAAUCUUCUACAGGUUCCAUUAAAACAAGGGACAAACAAAAGGAGUGCAUAUAAUAGAACUAUGAAAGUUCCUGAUGGAAUGAAAGAAUUAGUUCAUAUUGUUGCUGGUCUUCAAAAAGAUGUUAAACAAAUGAGAAAUGUUUUAACAUUACCAGAAGCUCAAGCAUAUGCCAAACGUCAUGGUCCAAAUUGGGAAGCACACGAAGCAGACAUUACGGGUCCAAAUGGAAAACCUGAUGGUAUAAAUGAAGUUUUCGUUACUGAUGGUCAAGGUAAUAUUAAAGUCAUAAAUGGUUAUAAAUUAACUGUAUCUGAUUAUCCUAAACGUAAAGCAUAUAAUGAAUAUUAUCCUAUGCAAUUUGAUGAAAAUGGAAAAGCUGUUAAACAAUACAUUGGAGAAGGUGAAAAUGGUCCAAUUAAUUCAUACCGUCAUAAUCCAUAUUCUUAUUUCAAUGAAGAAUUAAAUGCUAUUGAAGAGGGACCGGAUGGAUUACCACGAUAUUCUAACCAGUUUGAUGGU